CAACAUCUCCAGCAUGCCACAACUGGGUUGAUGAUGAUACCAAACCAUACAUAUCCGAGAGUGAUCACGUGGUGUGGCUCCGGUUUCCUCGGAGCGGCUCUGUGAGAAACCACGUGACGCAGUUCUCCGUGGUGUCAGAGUGGAAAAGAAACAGGUGUUAUUCCUUUGUAAAUACUGUUAUUUGUAUAUACUGUAAAUGAUGACGUCCAUGGGCGGGAACCGAGCCCGGGGCAGCUGGGAGCAGACACAGGGCCAGACACAGAGCCAGACACAGCACAAGCAGAGGCCUCAGGCCACUGCAGAGCAGAUCCGACUCGCGCAGAUGAUUUCAGACCACAAUGAUGCAGACUUUGAAGAGAAGGUUAAACAGCUGGUUGACAUCACAGGCAAGGACCAGGAUGAGUCCAUGAUCGCGCUGCACGACUGCAACGGGGACGUCAACAGAGCUAUUAACGUGUUGCUGGAGGGCAGCCCUGACACUGACUCCUGGGAAAUGGUGGGUAAGAAGAAAGGAGUGUCGGGGCAGAAGGAAAUCAGCCAGGCAGAAACCAGUGAGGAAGGAAAAGAGAACAGAGAGAAAGGUGGAGAGAAAGAUGCUGCACGUCGUCGAGGGGGGCCUCCACGCAAGGGCCGCGGUGCAAGCAGAGGACGAGAGUUCCGUGGACAGGAGAAUGGCUUGGAUGGUGGCAAAGCUGGAGUAGUUGGAAGAGGAGCAGAGCGAGGCAGAAGGGGCAGAGGCAGAGGGAGGGGAGCUGUUGGAGUAUCUGGACGGAGAGGAGGCAGAUUUUCGGCACAAGGCAUGGGCUUCAACCUCAGUGUUUAUUUAAGGACUUUUAACCCUGCCGACUAUGCUGAGCCAGCCCAGGCAGAGGAAAACUAUGGAGGGGGCAGUACCUGGAACAACACAGGAAGCGUGGAGUUGGAGGAGGGAGCAGGGUUGGAAUAUUCUACAGGGGAGGGACCAAAUUACCCACCCAAGUUUGACUCUGGUCCUGGUCCCUGGAGAUCUGCUACAGAGGAGUGGGGCACUGAGGACUGGAAUGAGGAUCUAUCAGAGACCAAGAUUUUCACAGCUUCUAGUGUGGCAUCGGCCCCUGUGCCUCAAGAGAAUGUUACAAUCACCAAAGGACAAAGAAUUGACCUUGCGGUGCUGCUGGGGAAGACUCCCCCAUCCUCAGAGACAGAAAACACCCCCAUGGAGGCCACCCAGCCCCCCUCUCUGCCCCAGUCUCUGGUUUUUAGUAACUCCAAGCAAGGGGGGCCACUUUCCCAGACAUCCUCUAGCACCCCAUACUCCCAGCACAGCAUGGCCAGCAUGCUGAGUAAGGGAUUUGGGGAAGUGGGAGACCCUAAAGGAGGUAGCACAGGAACUACCGGUUCCCAGUUCCUGGAGCAGUAUAAAACAGCGCAGGCACUGGCCCAGCUGGCAGCACAGCACUCUCAGACUGGACCUCCCAACACUGCUCCUUCAUCCUGGGCUAACAAUGCCUCCACACUGGGGCAAUAUGAAAUGAAGACUCAAUCAGAACCUGGGAUCCACACACCCUUUACAAAGCGGCAGCCGUACCAAACUGCCACGUCAACUUCGUCCAUGUUGGAUGUUUUCCUGCAGGACAAAGGGCUGCCUCCUUCCUCCUCCGUCUCCUCAUCUUCCUCCUUACCGCAACAAACGACAUCCUCACCGCAUGCAGUGCCACCGCCUGCUUCCGCUCUUCCCAAAAUGGCUGCCGUUCCCUCUCUAGGUCAGCAGGUCUCCCCGAGUUCCUCGGAUGCCCAGGGUUCGAGUCCACUGCCUUUACAGCAGCACAAACUCAAACAGCAGAAGAAGAGAACUUCCAUUUCAACAAAGAUUCCAGCGAUGGCAGUUGAAAUGCCUGGCUCAGCAGACAUUUCAGGCCUUAACCUUCAGUUUGGAGCGCUGCAGUUUGGGUCAGAACCAGUUCUCCAAGAGUACGAGUCCACCCCUGCCACAACAACGCCGGGCAACCAAGUUCAGAACAGUCUCUACACAAGUCCCAGCAGCGAGUCGGCUCCAGCUCUGUCCAGCUCCAGCCAAAUGGAGAUGUACGACCAGAGAGCAUCUCAAACACGCCGCUACCCUCCCUCAGUCUCAUCCUCUCCUCAGAAGGAUAUGCAGCCCAAGAAUGGCUUCAGUUCAAUACAAACUACUCAGUCUGUUGAAGGCUCUGCAGUAUCGGUGAAGCCCGCUUCUGAUUCAGUCACGCCUUCAUCCGUCUCCAGCAUGGGCGCUAUGGCGGACAGUGGCUCAGGCCCCACCUCCUUGUUGUCCACAUCCAAUCAGGCCAACCUUAGUGCUCUUGGGCACAACGAGGACCUCCCACCAAGCUCCAUUCCUCCUCCUCAGCACAACAACUCUCAUCCAUCCCAACAGAACAGUCUUGCUCCAUCUUCAGUCCGAACAUCAAACUCAAGCUUACUGCAUCCCAACGUAGACGGCGACUUGAGCCUGCACUCGUCUUUCUCUUCCACUGUCUCAGCUGUGCCGUCUUCAUCAGUCCCCCCCUCCUCUUCCUCCAUGGCUGCUGCACAGGUGUCGCUUGGAGCACCUCAGGCCCCCUCUGUAGGCCCUGCCACAGUCUUGACCCCCUCGGGCCAAGGUCCCGUCAGCAGUCUGGCCAUGGGUUUCAACGCUGCCUCCAUGGGUCCACCACCGACAGCCCCCACCUCAAUUUUAGUCUCUUCAACCUCUUCGACCAUUCCCUCCCCAGCAACCUCUUCCACACGCAGCUCUGUGGCUUCCUCAGGGAAAGCACCUCCAAACCUGCCACCUGGUGUUCCCCCUCUACUGCCGAACCCAUACAUUAUGGCUCCAGGACUACUGCACGCCUACCCUCCUCAGGUGUAUGGCUACGAUGACCUACAGAUGCUGCAAACAAGAAUACCAUUGGAUUAUUACAGCAUCCCUUUUGCGACUCCAACAACAGCGUUGACAGGCAGAGAGGGCAGUCUGACGAGCAACCCUUACUCUGGUGACUUAUCAAAGUUUGGUCGAGGUGAUGCAUCGUCCCCGGCUCCAGCCACCACAUUAGCUCAGACACAACAGAAUCAGACCCAGACGCACCACACCACACAGCAGCCCUUCCUCAACACAGCUCUGCCGCCUGGCUACAGCUACACGAGCCUCCCAUAUUACACUGGCAUGCCAGGCCUGCCCAACACCUUCCAGUAUGGACCUGCUAUGUUUCCGGUGGCUCCUACCUCUUCGAAGCAACACGGUGUGAAUGUUGGCGUGAAUGCAUCCGCCACGCCCUUCCAGCAAGCUAGUGGCUACAGUUCCCAUGGAUACAGCACUGGCUAUGAGGAUGUGGGCCAGGCUUCAGGGAGUGGGGAUUUCUGUAAGGGCGGAUACGGCACUGCCGUGGCCGCUGCCGCUUCUGCACAAAACAAGCCAGCCAGCUCUGUCACCGGGCCUGGAGUCGGGGUUUCUGUGACAUCCAGCAACACAGGAGUGCCGGAUAUUUCAGGAUCUGUUUAUACAAAGACGCAGUCAUUUGAAAAGCAGGGUUUCCACGCCGGGACGCCAGCAGCUUCUUUCAGCCUCCCCUCGGCGCUGGGGACCGGAGGGCCCAUCAACCCCCCGGCUGCUGCUGGCUAUGCUCCAGCCCCCUUCAUGCACAUCCUGACCCCGCACCAACAGCCCCACUCUCAGAUUCUGCACCACCACCUGCAGCAAGAUGGCCAGAGCGGCACCGGACAGCGUAGCCAGAACGCCUCCAUUCAACAGAAGUCUCAGAUCAACAAGUCGGCAUACAACAGCUACAACUGGGGGGGGAACUAACAUCCACUGACAGGACCUCCUCCUCUUCCUCCUCCCGCAACGUUGGCGAGCCGAGAGGAGGGGUUAGGGCUCAUCACGUCUUCUGCGAAACAGUGUCCACAUGUGAAGCUCCCUCGUCCUCCUGCAGAGAUUUCUCUCCCCAGUCUCUUGGCCCAGCCACUCCCUGCAGUCCCGACUGCAGCCAGAGGAGGUGCUGUGCUAAAGAAGCAAGGAGGGACAGGAGGGGCCCAAACGCUGGAGCUGAAGAUGGUUAUAAAAAUUAGGAGGGGAAAUGUUGAGUGUUGGGAAUUUGUUUCGUGAUAACCCCACCCCCACCCUGCUCUCCACCUCUUUUUGUUUCUUUUAACUUACAUGUAACAUAGAACUGUUUUCUAAAACUAGGGACAUUUCCUGUAUUAUAUUCCUUUUAUUUCCCACCUGUUUUCUUAGCUGAAUGGAAAGAAUGAAGUAAUAUCUGAAGGUGGUUGGGAGGGGGAGGCAGGCUGGUUUUCUAUUUCUCACCCUCAACUCACCCCCUCUUUAAUCUUCCAACACAAAAUAUCCAAAAAAUAAUUGCUGUUGAAUGUUUUCUGUUUUCUUCUUUUUUUUUCAUUAUUUUAAGUUUGAAGAAACAAUUCUCUUAAUUAGUAGAGUUGUGAAGUUUAUUUUUUACCAAAUAUAGAUAUAUUAUUAUAUAUAAAGACAUAUAAGUGAGCUCACUGGCUUGGACUGUGAGGAAGGUGUUUGUCAUGUGACUGCGUGCAUGUUUGUACACACGGGGGGGGGCCGUGUUUGUGUACUGUGUUGUUUUUCGCCGAGCACAGGAGUUUUUCAUUAUCCAACGCUUGUACAGUUACCGUUCCCAUGAGUUUUAAAAAAAGACGCUGCGUGAGGUCCCGCUUCCUUUGAAAGAUGUUGGGUGAUGUUUCCAGAGCUCAUACCUCAUCUGCUUUUAUUUUCUUAUUUUUGUUAAGUGUUUUAUUUAGUUUCCGAGGCCCCCGCGCUCCACAGCCGCCUCUCCGCUUCACCACCUGCCCCCUUCCCCCCUGGCGUUGUAAGGAAACCUGCAGCGUUGAAAACUGAUGGACAGAGUUGUGCUAUGGUUUUUCUUUUUGUCAGUGGUUUAUUAUUAUUUUUUUCUUUUUGUACUGUGCAUUUUAAAACAAGAGAUUUAAAUGGAUAAAGUUGUCUUGUACAUAUAUAAAGAAAAACACAAGUACUGUA